AUGAAGCUCGCUCCGCUCUCCAUCGUUUUGGGGUCUGCGCUGCUGCUCUCGACCAACCCCGUCGCAGCUUCGACGUACACACUGCUGCACCGCAUCACGCCGUCGACCGAUUGGACGCCACGUGCGACGCUCGAGCUGACCAACCUCACGGGCACGCUGCAAACCACACUGGAUGACGCCCAGAUCCGGUCCCUUCACGAUCAGGCUUGGACUGCGAACGCAGGAGAGCGGUACUACCAGAUCGCCUUGCACGAGGAUGGCCGCGAGGUGGGGUAUACGAGUGUCAAAUUGUGUCUGUUGCGCCAAAGCCACGCGGAGUUGCCGAGCAUGGAUGACGAGGUGGUGCUCACCACCCGAGGCAUGCAGGUGACGGGUCUUGGCUAUCGUGUGCGCGACAUCAUCCUCGGUUCCGACGGCUGCCCCGUUGCAUCGGACGCCAAGAUGGCCCUGGUCCGCGAGCAAAGGCGCAAAGAACGUCAACGUCAACUUUCCCGACGUCGCUCGUCCACCCCACCUCCACCCCCACCGACAAACCCGACCCUGGCGCUCAACACAAAGUUGUCGGUGGUCAAGAGUGCUGCUGUGGGCAAAAUCGCCCUGCGCGAAGCAGCCAAAACCAACGAAGACGGAACCAUCCAUGUUCCACCACCGGAGAAGACGUUUGUGCAAAAGUACUGGUAUUAUGCCAUUCCGCUGGUCAUUCUGCUCAUCAUGCCGGAUGGGGGGGAUGAGCGCGCCCAGGGAGCGGAGGGACAUGCGAGUAGCGAGCAUAGAGGCACUGGGAUGGGGGCUAAGCAGCUCAAGUAG